AGCGCGCAGCUUUUCGCCGGGCGGGAUUUCCGCAAUAUCAAGUAUGGCGAAGACGUACGAUUAUUUGUUUAAGUUACUGCUAAUCGGAGACUCCGGUGUCGGGAAGACCUGCGUGCUGUUCAGGUUUUCAGAGGAUGCUUUUAACUCGACGUUCAUCUCCACCAUAGGCAUUGACUUUAAGAUUAGAACGAUAGAGCUAGACAACAAGAAGAUAAAGUUACAGAUAUGGGACACAGCAGGGCAGGAGCGAUUUCGAACAAUCACAACAGCAUACUACAGAGGCGCGAUGGGUAUCAUGCUAGUCUAUGACAUCACCAACGAGAAGUCCUUCGAAAACAUAAAGAACUGGAUACGGAAUAUAGAGGAGCAUGCAUCGGCUGAUGUUGAAAAGAUGGUCCUCGGUAACAAAUGUGACAUCAAUGACAAACGGCAGGUGUCCAAAGACCGGGGAGAGAAGCUGGCGCUGGAGUACGGUAUUAAGUUCAUGGAGACUAGUGCAAAGGCCAACAUCAACGUGGAAAACUCGUUUUUGACACUUGCCAGAGACAUCAAAUCAAAGAUGGACACAAAAUUGGAGGGCAGCAGUCCUCAGGGGAGCAGCCACAAGGUGAAGAUCUCUCAGCCCCAGAAGAAGAGCAGCUUCUUCCGCUGUGCCCUACUGUGAGGACCAGACCAUGGGUGUAUACCAAAUGGCCCACUAUUCCAUAUAUAGUAUGCUAUGUUUGACCAGGGCCCAUAGAACUCUAGUCAAAAGUAGUGCACUAUGUAGGGAAUAGGGUGCCAUUUGGGAUGCAUACCAAAGGCCUUACCAAACCCUCUGCCUGCCCUGGCUGGGAUAUGCUGGGGUGCUGGCUGGACACAACAGGACUGUGCUUGCUCCCAGCACCCCCCCUCUCCUUCUACCCUAUUCCCUUCAGCCAGUCCCAAUUCACUCCCCGCCUCUUCCCCUCAGCCCUAACCCUUAGAUGUUUGUGUAUCUGAAGUGUUUGAAUAGAUACAUGCAGUUGUUUACACCUUGCAUAUACAGUGAGCUCCAGAAGUAUUGGGACAGUGACACGUGUGGGUUUUUUUGGCUCUGUACUCCAGCACUUUGUGCAUCUGUCAUUUCUUUUCACUCGUCAUUAUUCACGAUUAUCCGUAACCAUGGUAGCAUCCACAUUUAAUGUAGAUGUGUUAAGAAACAAUUCUAUUAUUAUUUACAAUAAAAGUGACUGAAAAAUAGCACAAUAACAAACAGCAAAUGCAUCCAACAGAUUUGUAGAAUCACAAGCUUGACGUAGUCAUUGUGUGCUAUGGAUAUGUGACGAAAUACUUCACUUUUAAUUACCUUAAUACAUAAGUGAAUUUGUCCCAAUACUUUAGUUCCCCUAACAUUGGGUGGGACUAUGUACAAAAAAGUGCUGUAAUUUCUAAACGGUUCACCCGACAUUGAAAAUACCCUCAAAUUAAAUCUGACAGUCUGCACUGGAGUACCGAACCUAAACAACCGAAAAUGUAUCACUGUUCCGAUACUUUUGGAGCUCGCAGUUUGUGAACAUCGAAGACUUGGGGCCAAUGGUAAUUGGUAAGGAGAUAAUUAGGACAGGUUGCCUCUCUUGCUCUCUCUCUCCCUCACUGUCCACCUCUCCCAACGUCACGCCCUGGGGUAGCUGGAGUACGGUAACUGUGACUCCAUCCACAAUGGCCCCGUGACACCUGGUAAUGCUGCUGUCCUUCCUGCGGCACACCAACCUCCUGUUUUCUCUCACCAUGGGUCGGACAGACAGACCAACCUCCUGUUUUCUCUCACCACGGGUCGGACAGACACACCAACCUCCUGUUUUCUCUCACCACGGGUCGGACAGACACACCAACCGGUGGAAACACCACUUGUUUUUUUUUUUAAAGAAGGUUCAAAUGACAUGUCACACAGAAAAGAUGUUCUCUUCUUCCUGUUUCACACUAGUCUCUAUGUACAUACAUUUUUCACACGCAGCCACCUGGCUCCACAACUGCCAAAGUUGGAGCCCCGUUUACUUUUCAGUUUGAAUCGCUUGAAUGACCCAAAGGUUUGGGAUUGGGAACAUGAUGCGUGGAUGUUUAGAUACUAUUUGUAGGCCUCUCUACCCCUAGCCACAUUAUUAACAUGAGCCAGAGACUGAUAAGCUUAUUUUUUGAUGAAACAAGAGUUUUUAAAUGAAUAUAAUAUGACUUGAAGAUUCACAAUCCUUCAGGAAAGAUUGAUCGCUAAAUCAUUUAAUUACGCAGACUAAAAGAAAAUUCAAUUUAAUGAUAUUCCGUUUUGUUUACAUUCCAAGAUAAUACUUUGAUGCUAUUCUAUACAUGAGGCUUGCAAUAGGCCUCUCUUCCUGGACAAAGUUAUUGUACUGAAAUGUUUGACUUGUUUACUGCCAGUCCCAGAUGUUGUCUUGAGAACAAACACACAGCCUGUUAACCAUAGUGCUGCAGCACCACCUGAAAAAUUUGAAUAUAAAAAUAUAUUUUUGUUACAUGCA